AUGUAUGAACAUAAACUUGGUCAUUGUUACGAAUUCGGAAAUUUUGCAAAUGAAAAAAAAAAUUUUAGCUUAAAAAAACUAGCUUUUGAACGGUAUAUGAAAUCUGUUGAGGGUGUAGGAACUGCUAAUGAUAGAGUUAAAGCUUUUAGAUGGUGGUGGUAUGUGAAACCGACUAAUGAUGAUAAAUUAAGAAAGCUUAAUCGUUGUCAAUAUGAAUUUGUUAAUGCUGAAUAA